AUGAAACAGGCUGCAAUCCAUGCAAAAGCCGAAUACUUCAACUUGAAAGCCAAGCCUUCCGCUCGCCACAAACGAAAGGACGCCUCCAGCUCUCAACAGGAGAAUUCUAUAAGAGUUAGAGGGAAAUAUAGUCGCGACAACCACCGAGCGCCUUUGUCGAAUCAUGACUGUGAGCUGGAGGUCUUCACUCUGCCCAACACUUCUUACGAGAUCGUUCUGAUGAAUGAGCAUGAGAUGAUACUAAAACUAACCAAUCGAAAACCUAAUGGCCAAGAUAACCGAGACAUUGGAAAAUUUUGCCGAUACCACCAGCACAAUAGCUACUAUACUGAAGAAUACAUAAGCUUGAGAAAGAUCGUCGAGCGCUUGAUUCGAGAGGGCAAGCUAGACCAGUACAUUGCAAGGCCAUAG